CAAUAUCAAUAUUCUGGAGAACACUGCAGUCUUGACCGCAGACAAUUCCUUCCCAUAGAGUGAGUGACAUCUACGUUUACUCAGAGCCGCACAGCAUGGCUGGCACGAGAAACUGUAUUGUGAUUCAAAAUUUCGAUGAUUGUUAAUCGCUACCAGACAACACACUCCAUCAAUCCAUGUCCCUCAGACAUUUUCUAUACAAUAUCUUCAAUCUCCAGUACCAGCACCAACCAUACACAUUUACACACACUUUCAUAAAGACACAGAGAAAAAAAUGGCGACUUUAUCGUGCUACACGGCGACGGCAGCGUUAUCGCAUCGCCGUUCUAAUUCAAGGCCAAUUGAUUUCACUCGCAGAAAUGGAAACUGUAAUCUGUUUUUUACGAGAAGGGUAAAAACGUCAUUUUAUGUGAAGAGUUUUUCCAGUGAGCCGAAGCAGGAAGUAAUUGAUCCGAUCACGGAAGAAGGAGUUCAGAGUUAUCAGAGUUCUUUUACACCUGAUGCUGCAUCUAUUGCCUCAAGUAUCAAAUACCAUGCCGAAUUCACACCAUUAUUUUCUCCUGAACAUUUUGAGCUCCCCAAGGCUUUCUAUGCUACCGCCCAAAGUGUACGAGAUGCAUUAAUCAUCAAUUGGAAUGCAACAUACGAUCUUUAUGAAAAGAUGAAUGUAAAACAAGCAUAUUAUUUAUCAAUGGAAUUUCUACAGGGCAGAGCAUUGUUAAAUUCAAUUGGUAAUUUGGAGCUCAUUGGUGAAUAUGCAGAAGCUUUGAAAAAGCUUGGUCACAGUCUCGAAUCUGUAGCUUCACAGGAGCCAGAUGCUGCUCUUGGAAAUGGGGGUUUGGGGAGACUUGCUUCCUGUUUUCUGGACUCGUUGGCAACCUUAAAUUAUCCAGCAUGGGGUUAUGGACUUAGGUACAAGUAUGGCUUAUUUAAACAGCGGAUUACAAAAGAAGGACAAGAGGAGGUUGCUGAAAAUUGGCUUGAAAUGGGUAAUCCUUGGGAAAUUGUGAGAAAUGAUGUCUCAUAUCCUGUGAAGUUUUAUGGCAAAGUUCUUACAGGAUUGGAUGGGAAGAGGCAUUGGAUUGGUGGAGAAGAUAUAGUUGCUGUUGCAUGUGAUGUGCCAAUACCAGGAUAUAAAACCAAAACCACAAUCAACCUUCGACUGUGGUCCACUAAGGUCCCGUCUGAACAAUUUGAUUUGUAUGCCUUCAAUGCUGGAGAACACACGAAAGCAUGUGAAGCCCAAACAAAUGCCGAGAAGAUCUGUUACAUACUCUACCCUGGAGAUGAAUCAACGGAGGGAAAGAUCCUAAGACUGAAGCAACAGUAUACCUUGUGCACAGCUUCUCUUCAAGAUAUUAUUGCACGAUUUGAGAGGAGAUCUGGUGGAAAUGAGAUAUGGGAAGAGUUUCCUGAAAAGGUUGCAGUUCAAAUGAAUGACACUCACCCAACACUAUGUAUUCCAGAGUUAAUGAGAAUUCUGAUGGACUUCAAGGGCAUGAAUUGGGAGAAAGCUUGGAGUAUUACACAGAGAACUGUGGCAUACACAAAUCACACUGUUUUGCCUGAGGCCCUGGAGAAAUGGAGUUAUGAAUUAAUGCAAAAACUGCUGCCAAGGCACGUUGAAAUUAUAGAGAUGAUUGAUGAACAGUUAAUUCAAGACAUAAUAUCAGAAUAUGGAAUAUCAAAUCCUGAAAUGUUGGAGAAAAAAGUGAAUGCAAUGAGAAUUUUGGAAAAUGUUGAUCUGCCUGCAUCUUUGGCUGAUUUAUUCGCUAAACCAGAAGAAAUCCUUAUUCACGAAACUAGCGAUGAAGUCAUUCAUGAAACUAGCGAUGAAGUUAUUCACGAAACUAGCGAUGAAGUCAUUCAUGAAACUAGCAAUGAAGUCAUUCAGGAAACUAGCGAUGAAGUUAUUCACGAAAUUAGUGAUGAAGUUGUGCCUGCUCAAGAAGAUGAACUUGAAGGAAAGGACCUGCAGGAGGAGAAAGUUGUAAAACCCGAACAUGCUCCUAUCCCGCCAAAGAUGGUCCGGAUGGCUAACCUUUGUGUUGUAGGUGGUCAUGCUGUUAAUGGAGUUGCAGAGAUCCACAGUGAAAUUGUUAAAAAGGAAGUCUUUAAUGACUUUUUUCAGCUCUGGCCUGAGAAGUUUCAGAACAAAACAAAUGGUGUAACGCCUAGAAGAUGGAUCCAUUUCUGCAAUCCAGAUCUAAGUACCAUUAUUUCUAAGUGGAUAGGUACAGACGAUUGGGUCCUGCAUACUGAGAAAUUGGCAGAACUGCAGAAGUUUGCAGAUAAUGAGGAUCUUCAAACUGAGUGGAGGGCAGCCAAAAGAAGCAACAAGAUCAAGGUUGCUACAUUCCUCAAAGAAAAGACAGGUUAUUCGGUUAGCCCAGAUGCAAUGUUCGACAUUCAGGUAAAACGCAUUCAUGAAUACAAGCGACAGCUAUUAAAUAUCUUGGGAAUUGUUUAUCGCUAUAAGAAAAUGAAAGAAAUGACUGCAGCAGAAAGGAAAGAAAAGUUUGUUCCUAGAGUUUGUAUAUUUGGAGGAAAAGCAUUUGCCACAUACAUACAAGCAAAGAGGAUUGUAAAAUUUAUCACAGAUGUUGGAGCUACCAUAAAUCAUGAUCCAGAUAUUGGUGAUUUGUUAAAGGUUGUGUUUGUUCCAGAUUACAAUGUAAGUGCUGCUGAACUAUUAAUUCCUGCAAGUGAACUUUCACAGCAUAUCAGUACGGCCGGUAUGGAGGCUAGUGGGACCAGCAACAUGAAGUUCGCAAUGAACGGUUGCGUAUUGAUUGGGACCUUGGAUGGUGCCAAUGUUGAAAUUAGGCAGGAAGUCGGCGAGGACAACUUUUUCUUAUUUGGUGCUCAAGCUCAUGAGAUUGCUGCACUUCGGAAAGAAAGAGCCGAGGGCAAGUUUGUACCAGAUGAACGCUUUGAAGAAGUCAAGGAAUUUGUUAGGAAUGGUGCUUUCGGGCCUUAUAAUUAUGAUGAACUAAUGGGGUCCUUGGAAGGGAAUGAAGGAUUUGGCCGUGCUGAUUACUUCCUUGUAGGCAAGGACUUCCCAAGUUAUAUCGAAUGCCAAGAGAAGGUUGAUGAUGCAUAUCGAGAUCAAAAGAGAUGGACAAAAAUGUCUGUACUUAAUACAGCAGGCUCCUUCAAGUUCAGCAGUGACAGAACAAUUCAUGAAUAUGCCAAAGACAUAUGGAGUAUCAAACCCAUGGAGCUAUCUUAGAGAUGAGUAGGCAGUAAUAUCCAAUCACUGAUAUAAAUAAUGAAAUAAUAUUACCAUGUAAGAGAAAUAAUGUUACCAUGUCUUAGUCUAGUACCCGUUGGCUCUUGAACUACUGUAAAUUUUGUAAAGUAGCUACUGUUGCUCUGUUGAGUCAUAGCCAUUGCAGCACAGAAGACAUGGAAAUGACAAGUAAUAAGAAUUUUGUGGCGCAUAUUUGUAAUAUUUCUGAUACGUUUAACAAUGUGGAUUGAACACCAGUGGUCGGUAUUAAGUAAAAAGAAGUCGAUGUCCUUGGUGUAUUCGUUC